AUGGCGGCCCACGCUGUGGGGCAGCUGCCCCCCAACCCCGAGGAGGAGGACUUCAUCCGGGCCUACGAGGACGUGCGGGAGCGCUACAAAGGUACAGCGCCGUGGGGCAGCGCCCAUCUGGGGGCACUGGGGAGCACUGGGGGCACUGGGAGCACUGGGAGCACUGGUGGCACUGGGAGCACUGGGGGCACUGGGAGCACUGGGAGCACUGGGGGCACUGGUGGCACUGGGAGCACUGGGGGCACUGGGAGCACUGGGACACUGGGGGCACUGGGAGCACUGGGGAGCACUGGGAGCACUGGGGGCACUGGGAGCGCUCUGGGAGCACUGGGAGCACUGGGGGGCACUGGGAGCACUGGGGGCACUGGGGGGCACUGGGGGGCACUGGGAGCACUGGGAGCACUGGGGGCACUGGGAGCACUGGGGGCACUGGGGGCACUGGGAGCACUGGGGGCACUG